UAAAAUUAACAAGUAAUAGAAAAUAUCUUUUAUUGACAAACCUUGAGGAAUUGCUUAGUAGUAUAUGAAAAUAGUUCAUAGUCAAUUCGUUUAUUGACAGAAAGCUAUUCUUUUUUAUUUGUCUAAUUGGAUAUAAGGACAGUCACUCUUCAAAAACAACAUAAUGCAGGAAUAUAUAUAAUAAAAAUUAUAUAAGGGAAUCAUUAUGGGUUGUGCUGCCUCUUCUGAUAGUGGAACUCAGCAUGCAUCAUUUGAACAUCAUGGACAGCAAUAUUUUAGGAGUGAACUAGACACAUGUAGCCAUCCACAAACGCAUUCCAAACAGAACACACAACAAGAACAACAACCUUUACUAAACAAAUUACCAACACUAAAUGAGAAUAAAUCAGCAUCUGUGCCAAUCGUGGCCGCCAAACACAAUAGUGGCGAUAAAAAUGUCACAAAUGGAGUUAAAAGCAGUGAUGCCAAAAGAAGGAUUGACAUUAACAAUACUGAAAAUAAAAUGUUGCCUCGACGGCUAGACUUCACGGUAGCCAAGUAUAUACCAACAGACAUUGGAACACAUGAAUUGUUCUUAGAUUUUCGAACAUCGUCUACAGAUUUUCCCUCACAUGCCCCUCCUCAUCCUGACGGAGAUCUGUAUACUGAUUACGAAUUCACCGUAGAUGUUGCUUUUCCUAAUAGAUCAGAUUUGGAAUGGAAAAGACCUAUGGAUGUCGCAGAAAACCCUGUUCUAUUUUCAGAUGGAGCAACUAGAUUUGACAUUGGACAAGGUGAAGUAGGCACUUGUUGGUUUAUGGCUAUGGUAGCCAACAUUGCAGACAAACCAAAAUUGCUACGAAGGGUAAUACCGAGAGAUGCUUACAAAAUAGGUUCGGAUGGUUAUGACGGGAUUUUUCACUGUCGGUUCUGGAGAUUUGGUGUUUGGAAUGAUACCUAUAUAGACGACUUCCUACCAAUUGUGCAGGAAACAAAUAUAGCUGGGGCGCAUUCAGCAACCGAUCCAAAUGAGAUGUGGGUUGCUCUUCUGGAAAAGGCGUUUGCAAAAUUAUAUGGAUCUUACGUUGAAAUAACCGAGGGAUUAACAGCGGAUUCCUACUUGAACUUAACAGGAGGAGUUGCGGAGAGGAUCGACUUCACGGAGGAAAAGAUUUCCCCAAAACGAUUGUUCCAAAGGUUACAUAAUGCCUUUCAGUGUCCUACUACUAUGGAUAAAAACGACGGUAAACGUGGAUUGGUAGGAGGUCACGCUUAUUCCAUAAACGGAGCUUUUAUUGUAGGUGAAGCCAAGUUAUUAAGAUUAAGAAAUCCCUGGGGCAACGGUGAAUGGAACGGCCCAUGGAGUGAUAGGAGUCCUAAAUGGAAAACUGCCCCAUCAGACUGUGUCCCACACCCUUCAAAAGACGACGGAGAGUUUUAUAUGGAUAUAAAUGAUUUUCUGCGAUACUUUGAUGAUUGUACCAUUUGUAAUCUAACACCGGAUUUCGACAGAGAUGGAUUUCCUGAUAUGUUAAACUACGUUACAUGUAUAUAUGGAAACUGGCGUGAUGGAAAGAAUGGUGGAUUCGAACAACGAACAAAGAAUCCAUGUUACAGUGUUACACUCGGCGAUAAAGCAAUGGACGAUGAAGGUAAAGUUGCCCUUGUUGUUCAGAUAGUACAAAGAACAUUGGAGAGUAGGAAUGACAUUACUGAAGUCAGAUGCGAUCUAUUCAAGCUUCUCGGCAAAAACGACCAUUGUGUUUCCCUGGAACUGUUAGGUGACAAGUCUAACAUAUACAUGGGCAAUGUACAAAAUACAUACAGAUUCCUUGUUGAACCAGGUUCAUAUAUUGCUAUACCCGCGACAUUGGAAGCUGGAUAUGAAAAAGAGUUCCUCAUCAGAUUUUUUUCCGCUGCUCCUGUGUCAAAUCCUCAUGAAGUAGACAACAUUACUGUGAUGACAGGAAGGGGAAGAAAUGGCGACAAACCUGCUGAAAAUUCAAGUUUUAAAUGUACCAAAUGUUCUUUUGGUGCAUUUAAAAGAGGUGUAAAUGCUGGUGGAACCAUAGCAAGUGACGAGUUUUCAAAUAAUCCCCAGUAUCAACUGAAAGUUCAUGACGAACAAACAUUUAGAGUUGAAGUUAUGCAACCAGAAAGAGAAGAUGGAUUUGCACUUGGUAUCAAAUUAUUUGAAGCUCAUCGAGGUAUGGGUUUCCCGGCAAAUUACGACUGGCUGAAUGACAACUAUGGCAAUGCUCUGAGAGACAGUGAGGGUGGUGAUGGCCCUUUCCAAUUCGGAACUUCUGUAGACACAUGUUACACAGUAAAAGCGGGAACAUAUCUACUACUUAUUCACUGUAAUAGUGAAGAGGACGAAAACGAUUUUUCUUUGGCAAUUUAUUCAGAAUGUGCAAUUGAAAUAACAGUAGCACACGUAUGACAGGAGAUGAAAGAAUAUAUUUGUUAAAUAGAUAAACAAGUCUUGGAAUAAAUACUGAAAUAUAAAGAUAGUGUUGAAUGAAUGUGGAAAAAG